AUGGAAUUUUCCGCCGAAGAUGAUGAGGCUUUGCGCCAAUUCAUGCCAGCUCAGUUCGGUAAGAAAGAGGGGGGUGUAGAUGUCGAGGCGCAGAUUGAGCGCUGCCGGAGGCCUGUGGUGGACGAGAGCAAGCAGGGCAAGCCAGCGGAGGACAAGGACUCGGACAAUGACAGCGACGACGAUGACGACGACGACGAUGACGACGACGAGUUUCCCGUAUCCCACGAGCUGGUUAUCAAAACGCAUGACCGCGCUGUCACGACGAUUGCGCUCGACCCUUCCGGCACGCGCAUGGUGACGGGGAGCAACGACUGCACAUUGAAGCUGCACGAUCUGAGUGCGCUUACACCGAGCACGAUCCGGGCCUUCAAGACGGUCGACCCAUUCGCGACGAAGCCCUCGCAAACGGCAGAGUCGCAUCUGAUCCACCAGGUUCUGAUCAGCCCGCUCUCUGGAAGCCAGUUCUUGUGCGUCACAGCAACACCACAGGCGAGGCUGUUCUCCAGAGAUGGCGACCUCACUGCAGAGUAUGUCAAGGGCGACAUGUAUCUGAGAGACAAGCACAAUACGAAAGGCCACACGGCAGAUGUUACAAGCGCUGCAUGGCAUCCGACGAACAAGAACAGAUUCGUGACUGCAGGCACGGACAGCACGGUGCGCAUAUGGGACGUCAACAAGCGGAUGAAGCAGGAGGAGGUGAUUGUGCACAAGUCGCGGGCAGCGGGCAGCGCAGGCAUGACGAGGAUGACGGCUGUCGCUUGGGGCGCCGCAGCUGAAGGCGGGAGCAGUAUACUGGUUUCUGCAGCGCUCGAUGGCAGUCUGGUCAUGUGGGGUGGAGAGGGUCCGUACCACCGUCCGUCCGGGGAGAUUCGCGACGCGCACGAGAAGGAUACCUGGACGAGCGGGCUGGACAUCAGCGCUGACGGGAGACUGGUCAUCACAAGAGGUGGAGACGACACCAUCAAGCUGUGGGAUACGCGCAAGUUCAAAACACCGCUCAACACGACAUCGCACGCCUCGACAUCAUCGCAGUACCCGACCUCCAACAUCAAAUUUGCGCCCAACUCGGCAAGCAUCAUCACAGGCUCCGAGACAGGCCACCUGCACAUCCUCAAUCCCGCUACACUGCGCCCAGAGCUCGUCACUCCCGUCACGCCGGGCUCGCCGCUCAUUACGGUACACUGGCACCCCAAGCUCAACCAGAUCUUCACUGGCUCCGCCAACGGCCAGACGACCAUACUCUUCAACCCGUCGCUCUCUACAGCGGGCGCGCUCACGAUCCUCAGCAAAGCGCCCAAGAAGCGACAUGUCGAUGACGAUCCCAACUUCACCGUGGACAUGGACCCGCUCGGCAUGGCGGGCGAGGAGCAGGGCGGCAAGGGCGGCGCAGCUGGCUCGUUCGCAGCGCGACACCCGACGAUUGGACUCACAGCGUCUGGCAAGAGCCGUGAUCCGCGAAGACCGCACAUACCGGCCAUCACGCCGUUUGCAAAGAGCACGCCCGAUCAGAAGUACGUCAUGGAGCAGAUUGAGGGAAGCGACAUGCGCGAUGAGGACCCGAGGGAGGCGCUGCUCAAGUAUGCGCCCAAGGCGGGCGAGAAGAAUGUCUUCACGGGCGCGUGGGACAAGACGCAGCCGAAGCAGAUAUACAAGGAGUACGACAGUGACGAGGAUGAGCCUGCGGGGAAGAGGGUGAAGAGGUAG